GAAGCUUUUUGGUGCCCCAAUUUGUAAGUUCCCAUUCUCACUUGUUUCCGUUAUUUGUUGUCUUAUUGCUCUCAACAAAACCAUUCGUGUUAGGGUUUUCACAUCGCUACUUCGCUUUCCUUCUUCCCUCUCGCACGCCUUGUUUCAAAAUUUGCUAUAGUUUUGUGGUGGGUUUUGGCGGUGCAGAAGAUGUUCAAGAACACGUUCCAAUCUGGAUUUCUUUCCAUAUUAUAUAGCCUUGGGAGUAAACCUCUGCAGAUAUGGGACAAAGAAGUUGUAAAUGGCCAUAUUAAACGACCUCAGGAUGAAGACAUACAAUCCAAUGUGCUGGAGAUAAUUGGAUCAAAUAUUCAGUCUACAUAUAUUACUUGCCCUGCCGAUCCAGCUGCAACACUUGGUAUAAAACUUCCAUUCUUGGUUAUGAUUGUCAAGAAUCUAAAGAAGUAUUUCACAUUUGAGAUUCAAGUUUUGGAUGAUAAGAAUGUCCGACGUCGAUUUCGAGCUUCAAAUUUUCAAGCUGUCACUCGAGUAAAGCCCUACAUUUGCACAAUGCCAUUGAGAAUGGAUGAGGGGUGGAAUCAAAUUCAGUUUAACCUGGCUGAUUUCACCAAGAGAGCAUAUGGUACUAAUUAUGUGGAGACACUGCGGGUACAGGUCCAUGCAAACUGUCGCCUGAGAAGAAUAUACUUUUCUGAUCGCCUCUACUCUGAAGAGGAACUCCCUCCAGAGUUCAAAUUGUACCUUCCAAUGCAGAAAUCAUGAAAAUGUUGUGGGUGGAUGGACUUGGAGCUUGGGGAGAGUUGAAUGUUAUUUUAUAUGCAUACUACUGAUAGUUCUACUUAGUUUACUUCUUUAGUUUGAAAUUUGUAUCCAUAUCAUGCUAGAUCUAAUAAGAACUUUUGUGACUGUUCGUACCAGUAACAUUUUGUAAUUUGCAGUAAUGUUCUGACUUCUGAUGGUUAUCUCUGUAAUAUUGGUUGUCAAUUUUGAUAAUGGUGUGCCUUUA